CAAAAUAUUAUUCAGUGUUAUUUGAUGAACCUACAGAUGUUUUCCACACGGAACAACUUUUUUUAAAUUUGAGAUAUGUAUACAAAAACAACAUUCAUGAAAACUUUGUCAAAUCUAUUGACGCAUAUGAAAAAAUUAAAACCGUCAGUCCAGAUAAUAAUACGCUUGGUGAACAGCGACUAACUGGAGAUGCUCUAGGAAAAAUUGUUGUUAAUAUAUUGCAGGAACUGUCUAGAGUUAAGCAACUGUGUGGGAAUUGAUACUGACAGUUGCAGUGUAAUGUCGUCUGAAGCAGUGGGAGCAGUGUGUGAAAUACAGAAAAAAGCGAAAAAUGCAUGUAGAUGCCCUUGCAUAAAUCAUGCCCUAAAUAACUCUCUUUCGACUUCAGUAAAUGUUAUUUGCAUCAGAAAUGCAGUUGGAGUAAUGAAGUCAGUAGUCUCCUUCUUUAAUAUGUCGGCUACGAGAGACCAAGUCUUGAAAUCAACAUUAGGACAUCAAUUAACGAGUCUAUGCGAAACAAGGUGGGUUGAGCGUCACGAAGGAGUAAUUCAAUUUCGAUCUGGGUUUUCUCAAAUAGUUGAAGCACUUACGUUAAUCUCGGUAUGGAAAGAUGCAAAGACUUCUACAAUUGCAACAACUCUGCUAAACUCUUUGUGCACGACUGAGUUUUUGUUGUCAAUGUUAUCUCUCAUUGAUAUAUUAAAAAUAACAUUACCACUCAGCGGACUUCUAUAAAUGCCAAAUCUUGACGCUAACGGGGCUUCUACAACUGUGUCCAACACGAUGUCAAUAAUCAAUGAAAAAAGAAAAAAUUGUGAGCAGAAUUUUGGCAAAAUUUAUAAGGAGGCUACAGAAAUAGUAACAGGAUUAGAUAUUGAAAUAAAGCUGCCUAGAUUAGCAGGUAGGCAGACCAAACGAGAAAACUACCCUGGAGGUAAAGAGGAAUAUUACAGAAAAUCAAUUUAUAUUCCUCUCUUCGACAAUGUAUACAACUUGUCUUCUAGGUUAAGUAUUAGUUCCUUAGAUUGUUUUGGUCUGCGAGGAAUCAUUCCCAGCAUACUAUCCGAG